AUGAAUUACGUUCUGAACAGUGAGCAGUUGGACAGCAUCAUUUCACGGUUGAAUAGUCUUUAUAAUAGGUUGGACCUCUCCAUAGUGCAUGUGAUAUCUUUUCCAGAAAUAGUAUGUAUUAUAAGCAAUGUUGCUGCGCUGUUUAUGGAGGAAUGCAAUCUUUGUGAAUGUGAAGCUCCAAUAAAAGUUGUAGGUGAUAUCCACGCUCAGUUCCAGGACAUGAAUCGAUUAUUCGAUCUUAUCGGUCGAGUUCCUGAAGAAAAAUUUAUGUUUCUUGGAGAUUAUGUGGACCGAGGACCCCAAGGUCUUGAGGUUGUGAUACUAUUGUUCGCUCUAAAAUUGCGGUUCCGUGACCGAAUUUAUUUAUUACGAGGAAAUCAUGAAACGCCAUCCGUGAACAAGAUUUAUGGUUUCUAUAAUGAAUGUGUAAUGAAAUAUGGUGCUGGAAUAUGGUGGGAUUUUCAAGCGUGCUUCAAUCGAAUUCCACUAGCAGGACUUAUAUCGAAAAGGGUUCUAUGCAUGCACGGUGGUCUUUCACCUGAGCUCAAUCAUCUCGACGUCAUUCGCAACAUCCCACGUCCAUGUGAACCACUUGAUCGUGGUCUACUUAUCGAUCUCACUUGGUCUGACCCUACUAACAGAGGAGAAGGAUGGUUCCAUUCUAUUAGAGGAAUUAGCUAUAUGUUCGGUAAAGGAGUAGUACAACAAGCCUGUCAAAUGCUGGGUAUCGAUUUGAUUAUUAGGGCACAUCAGGUUGUCCAAGAUGGGUACGAAAUGAUGGCAGGCAGGAAGUUAAUUACGGUAUUUUCGGCGCCAAAUUACUGCGGACAAUUUACGAACGCUGCCGCUAUUGUGUGUUUGGACGAAGAUUUACAGGUCUCAUUUCAACAACUAAAGAUGCAAAUACCAGCAAAUUUGGCUCCCAAAGCUAAGACGGCCCCAGCAAUAGCAUCUGACACAAAUCCUGCAAGUGCAAAAGAAGACAAAGAUUUUAUAAAGCCAUUCACGGGUUUCAAAGGAAAAUCAGGAGGAACCUCACAACCGGGAUCCGAAAAUAAACCUCCUAGUGCACCAGAUUCAGCCGCGCCACCAUCAGCUUCUGCUCCACCCACAGCACCUACCACUAACACUGCUGCUGGAUCCGAAAUUCCACCAGAUUCAAUGGUUGCUCAACCUAACACCGCUACGAAUGCAGCAGGGCAAAAAGACCCAGAGAAAAAAUCCGCAGAAAAGACAGCUGGCAGUUAA